CCUCAGCGCUGGGAGAAGUUAGCAGUCGGCUGGCAGAUUGGUUCGUAGCCACGAUGGAUGCAAUACCAUGUCUUCUGUUCGUCCUCCUGUUCGGGACAGGGAUACAAGAACAUACCGCCCUCCAGUGUUACUGUGACCGCUGCAGUGCCAACUCCAGCUGCUUCACCGACGGAGUCUGCUUCGUCGCCAUCCGUACGUCGGGCGGCCGGCUGACCACUGAGCAGCGCCAGUGUGUGCACGAAAAUGAACUGAUCCCGCGAGACAGGCCCUUCAUCUGUGCCCCGUCCGUCAAACAAGACAAGGGCAUUUACCCCAUGUGCUGUACCACGGACUACUGCAACAAAGAGCCUGACCUGACUAUCUUUCCUGGACCCACAACGAAGACCCCUCCUCUGGGCCCCGUGGCCCUGGCAGCGGUGAUUGCCGGCCCCGUGUGUGUGUUCUGCCUGCUGCUGGUCCUGGCCUUCUACGUCUGCCACAGCCACAGGGGUCUGGGGGCCGGCGUUGCAGGGGCCCACCACCACCACCACCGGGUGCCCAACGAAGAGGACCCCUCCAUGGACCACCCUUUCAUCACCGUGGGAACAACGCUGAAGGACCUCAUCUAUGACAUGACCACCUCGGGCUCUGGAUCCGGCCUGCCACUGCUGGUCCAGAGGACUAUCGCCAGGACCAUCAUCCUCCAGGAGAGCAUCGGGAAGGGCCGCUUCGGGGAGGUGUGGCGGGGUAAGUGGCGUGGCGAGGAGGUGGCCGUGAAGAUCUUCUCCUCCCGUGAGGAGCGCUCCUGGUUCCGCGAGGCCGAGAUCUACCAGACGGUGAUGCUGAGACACGAGAACAUUCUGGGCUUCAUCGCUGCUGACAACAAAGAUAACGGCACGUGGACUCAGCUGUGGCUGGUGUCGGACUACCACGAGCACGGCUCCCUGUUUGACUACCUGAACCGCUACACAGUCACCGUGGAGGGCAUGAUCAAACUGUCCCUGUCCACCGCCAGCGGCCUCGCACACCUCCACAUGGAGAUAGUGGGGACACAAGGGAAGCCAGCCAUUGCACACAGAGACCUGAAGUCCAAGAACAUCCUGGUGAAGAAGAACGGGACGUGCUGCAUCGCCGACCUGGGGCUGGCCGUCCGCCACGACUCGGCCACUGACACCAUCGACAUCGCUCCAAACCACAGAGUGGGAACCAAAAGGUAUAUGGCUCCGGAGGUGCUGGACGACUCCAUAAACAUGAAACACUUUGAGUCUUUCAAGCGAGCGGACAUCUACGCCAUGGGCCUGGUGUUCUGGGAGAUCGCCAGCCGCUGCUCUAUGGGAGGCAUCCACGAGGACUACCAGCUGCCCUACUACGACCUGGUCCAGUCGGAUCCAUCAGUGGAGGAGAUGAGGAAGGUGGUGUGUGAGCAGAAGCUUCGGCCCAACAUUCCCAACCGCUGGCAGAGCUGUGAGGCCCUGCGGGUGAUGGCCAAGAUCAUGAGGGAGUGUUGGUACGCCAACAGUGCCGCCCGACUCACCGCCCUGCGGAUCAAGAAAACCCUGUCUCAGCUCAGCCAACAGGAGGGCAUCAAGAUGUAGACAUCCCUACCAAACACACACACACAUACACCUCUGACUGGCAUCCAUAUCAUUAUCAUUACAGCAUUAUUAUCUUCAUUAUUAUUCAUUCGCUGUGCCCCCUUUGGUUCGAAGGGAACUGAAGACUUUUCCCCCUGAGCUCUUUUUUUCUCAUCCCAUUUCCUUCAUUGACAAACUGAUGAGUCCUGAACGUGAGGAGGCGUGUGUGUGCGUGUGUGUGUGCGUGUGCGUGUGCGCGCAUGUGGCACUGUGCUGACGUGCACACAGGAUGGAUGGAUGGAUCGAAUGAGGGACGGCUGCGAGCCAUUAAAGGAUAUCCUCCAUCUUCCUUUGCUACAUUCAUCACGUGGGACCCAUCUCAAGUCCCGCCUCCACCACUCAUCACAACCAAUAAGAGCUCAGAGCCCGUCAGGUUACCGCUAGGCCAGCCAGGCAGCUGGGAAUCAGCUGGGCGGCCUCAUUGUAUAUCAGCAUUAGAGAGCUAAGCUUCUCUUCAGUAGGGCUGCACCUCGCUCAUUCACAUCUUUGAAGAGUGCUGUGAAUCAUGGGAAAUGUCCUCCCACUGGAAACAAUCCCAAGGGAACUUUUGGAUAGAUCCAUGUGAUGUGGCAUUAGCAUGAUGCGUACAUAUUUGAACGCGUGAGGUGCAUAAUCAGUUCUGAUCACGGGGACGCUGAGCAGUGUAACAUGUACCACACUUCAGUGACCUGUUAGUCAAAUCCAAAGACAAGCAGGAUGAACGGUGCACAUUUGGUCCAACACGCUCUGUGAUUUACAGAGGUGGAGCUUAGUUCCACUGGUCCGCAGCUGCCGGAGCCGCUCGGCCAUGAUCCAGAGUAUUUCAGAGAGUCAAGGUGGCGUUGCGUGCAGCCCUACUGUUGAGUUGUCUUACAGUAGCAUUGGGAACUGAAGCGUGGACCCGGGGUUUAUGGGACGGUCUGUAAGCCGCCCUGCGGGCUCCUUCAUCGCUAUAGUUCUCUCUCAUCUCUGCAACACGUUUGCACUGUUGUAUAUCCGUCACUCCCCCAGGGAGUCGGACAGGUCAGUUUAAUUUAUUGUGUUUUUUUUUUUUUGUUUUUUUUAUUUUUAUUUUUGGUGGCAGGGGAUCUUUUUUUUGCUAAACUAAACUGGACAUGAUGACCUCAUUCAUUUUUGGCGAACAUGAUCAACAUAUGCAAUAUACAGUGGAUAAAUGUGUCUAUUUUCUAUACUGUGCUCUGCUAAACCACAAACAGCAAGAACAACAGCAACAGCGCUCAGCUGCCACCAUGCCUUCCAACCAGCUGUUACCGGAAAGUGCCAGUGCUUUAACAACCCAACUCCUCUCAUGUCGGCUGGAUGUGUGUGUGUGUGUGUGUGUGUGUGUGUGUGUGUGUGUGUGUGUGUGUGUGUGUGAGACACACACUGUGUGUGUGUGUGUGUGUGUGUGUGUGAGACACACACUGUGUGUGUGUGUGUGUGUGUGUGUGUGUGUGAGUCAGAGAAGAGCAGCCUGCCGAGCACACAGCGAGCUCGUACUAUGCACACCCAAGAAAUAGGUACGGAAAGCAAGGAGGGACACACAACGCCGUCACAGCACCCCCAGUCCAGCCGACUCUCUGGUGCCAUCACAAACCCCAUUCUCCCCCCGCACCGACCACCUCAGCAACAACUCAUCGUGCAGCGAGUCUGGACAACGCGCUCCAGCACCUCAAACUGUUUAUUCGGAAAGAUAACGCCACAGAAGCUGGCGGCGGCUUUGGAAAAAAAAAAAAAAAAAAGACACAAAGACUUGUAAGCAUUACUGAUGUUGCCCUAUAAAUGUAAAUUCUUGGAUUUCUGAUUUUUGUUCCUUUCAUGUCAACCUUUUUCUCCUCUGUAGGAUAAUCAACAACAAGGAGGUACAUUCAUUUAAAUAUAGCAAACGGAGAUUUACUAAGCCAUAGAUUUUCCAGGUUAUGUAUAAUUUUUUUUUUUUCUUUUUUUGUGGCAAGGUCUUUUCUACUAGAAAAAAAAAAAAGAAAAAGAAAAAAAGAUGAAAAUGUGCAUCAAAAGGACAAUUUUGUCAUUUCAGCUUAGCAAGCCUUAAGGGACCAACACAUAAGAGUCAGGAUCUGCUCUUAUUCUUUCUUUCUUUUAUUUGUGUUUACUUUUUAAUGAAAAAAAAAGAUUUAUAUAUACAUAUACUGUAUAAUUGAUUACUAUGAUAAAUGUAGUGUCAUUAUUCUAUCUAAAGGACAAAAGAAAUAUAUGCAGCACCUGAUUUCACAGUUUGUUUCGGUCAAGUGUUCGUCCUUUUUGCCAGAUUGCGAUACAUCUGAACACACGGGCUGACUUUACAGAGAUGUGUCCGAGUUCCACCAGACGCACUUGUCUUUUAGGACAAGUCCAAGCAAGUCCAUGAUGAGAUCCAGUUUAAAUGCACAAUGUGAAGCAGUCAGUGAUGAAUACACCCAGUCAAAGAGUCUCUUGAUUGUUCAGCAAUAAGUGCACUUGUGAACCACUGCAGGGUUGAGUCAGUCUGUCUCCGUUGUUUGUCUUUGUGGUUGAUUGACGUGCUGCUACGUAGUUGUCCACCUCGCUUCCCGAGUGGAGGCGAGAGCUGCCGUUGGAUGUAAAUACCUUCCGACUGUCUCAAUCUGAUAAUUUUGUGCCAUGUUGCUCUGACACAAACCAACUCAUCGUCAAUGAGGAGUUGUUGCUCUCUGCUUGGCGGUGUCCGGUGAGAAUGGAAAGCUGCAACCUCCGUGGGCCGUGGUCGGAAAACCACCGAGUACACACAUACUGAACAGCGCAGUUCGAAAUCCACUGAAACAUAGUUUCUUCUACUAGAAGGAGUGUAGAGGAGGGCGAGGAG